AAUAUGGCAGCCUCCAAACUAACAAAGUUUCAAGGCAGUCUAGUUGGAGCUGUUUUAGGCGAUUGUAUCGGUGCAUUGUUUGAAGGCGAAUGGUUCAACAAAAUAGAAAUGAACAAGAUACUGAAAGAAGUGGCCAAAAUAGAGCAUGCUAAAAGCAGCCAGACAGGUCAAGAAAAUUCUCCAAAAAAAGGUCAUGAUGAUUCCUUGCCGGCGAAGAAGAAGAGAAAGGGGGAGUAUAGUUUCACGGAUGAUACAGCAAUGGCCCGAAGUGUCGCCAAGUCUCUAAUACAGCACAACCAGCUCAACGCAAAACACCUGGCACAAAGGUUCACAGAGGAAUACAUGAGGGAACCUUUCCGUGGCUACGGUGGCAGUGUAGCGACUGUUUUCCACGGCCUUCAAGAACAGGAGUACAGUGAUGUGUACCAGCCGGCCAGCCAGCAAUUUGAAGGAAAGGGCUCCUAUGGAAAUGGUGGAGCAAUGAGAAUUGUUCCUGCAGCACUGUUUGCAUGUAGGAAAGGAUACACCUUUGAACAAUUAGCAGACCUCACUGAGAAGAUAACUCGGUUGACACAUUCCCAUCCACAAGCCAUACAAGGUGCAGUAUUGCAGAGCUAUGCUGUAUACCUGGCAUUGGUCAGCGACAAACUAGAUGUUGACACCUUUAUUGACAGUCUUAUCAGCAAAAUGAAACCACUAGAAGAGAGAAUGAGGGGGACUUUGGGUGAUGGCUCAGAUACUGGGGCUGAAAGGGUUGAUGGCAAGGCUGAUAGCAAUGUUAACGCUGAUAAUAAAUCAGGAGAGACCUCGGCAGUAUCAGGGGAAACAAACAUGGAUUCCAGUAGUACAUCAAUAGACACGGGCCAGCAAUCAGGGGAGGCUACUGUAGGGGUAGGGGAGGUAACUAGCCUUCCCUACUGCCAGAAGCUGGAGAAAGUGAGGGAGUUUGUCAAGAGGCAAGAACAACCGCCCGUGGAGGAGAUCACGCAGGAGCUGGGUGUAUAUAUAGCAGCCCUGGACUCAGUCCCGGCAGCCAUCUACUGUUUUCUGCGAGCCAUGAAUCCCAUCGAUGAACUGCAGGACAGGAAUGGGUUUGAGCGUACCCUGCUGUACAGCAUAUCCCACGGCGGGGACACAGACACAGUGGCUACAAUGGCUGGGGCAAUUGCUGGUGCAUAUUACGGGCUUGAAGCCCUGCCCUGGGCCUGGCAGAACUGCUCUGAGGGGGCCUCUGAUGCCCUUCAAGAUGCUGAACUGUUGUGGAAAUUGCCGAACAAUCCUGGGGCAGGAAAAUCAACAAAAAAAGGGAAAUGAAACUUCACGCAAUUAUAAGAUUGACUUUGAGCUGUUGUGUUUUGCGAGAAACGAGACUUUGGCUGUUGUGAUAAACCUCAAUCAUCAUUGGAGGGGGGAAAAAACCACUACCAUUCCUAAAAACAUUUCAAAGUAUUCAAAUGAAAUCAGACCACAUGUUGCUAGAGACAAUACACACACAUGUUGAGCAAGGAUCAUUAACCUGGCAUCAAAUCAUUUAGUUGUGCCCCUUUUUGACUGAAAGAAACAUGAACAGACGAGCAUAAGGGUUCGCUGUGCAGCUCUCUUGUUUUAAAUUAAACAUUGUUUUCAUUAACAUAAAAUGAAUGAAAAUUAUUUAUAAAUGUUUAUAUAUUUUUAUUGAAAUAAAAGACAGUGCAUUGCAUAUUAAAGCAAAUUAUCGACUUUUGCAUAUGUUUAUUUUAUAUUUUUGAACAAGUAAAGAAAUAACUUAGGUGCUUGAACGCUUCUUCUUGGGCACAAAUGAUAAAUUUGUUCCAAAGAAUUUCGUUUCACCUCCACCAGUAUAAGAUAAACAUUCAUAUAUUGAAAGCUUUCGUUUCAAUUUUGACAGAAAUUGCACAAAUUGAAAUCAGGUCUUGUUAAACGUUAAGAUUAUACGAUAUUUAAGUGGGUAAAAGUAUCUUUAAAUUUUUAUGCUUCAUAUGCAGCCGAGUAGAAGAUUCCCCAGCAAUAUGAGUCUGAUUUUUCUC